AUGUCAAUAGGAUUGGAAGAGGACUUUCAGGGUCUUGUGGAUCUUGUGCAACUAAAGGCUUAUUUUUUUCAUGUUUUAGCAGAGUUUGAAAAGUUAGAAGCUGAGAUUACGGUUGAAGAUUUCCCAGAAGCACAUGUUGCUGAGUCAUCUUCUAUAAAACAUAAAGAUGAAUUGUACCUCAUGUACCAACACAACACGUGA